ACGCGUCCUCUCUAUCUCUCUCUUUUAGUUGUCAAUUACUUUUUCUCUCUCUCUAACGAUCAGAAUUCAAGUUUUGUUCUUUCUUUGAAGUUUUAACCUAAUUAAAGAUCUUCGAAAGAAAAAAAAAAAACCUCCAAAUGGGUCUUUGCGUAUCUGUUGGUCGUAGCGACUGCGAUUCUUCUCCGACGGCUAAAAUCGUCACGGUUAACGGCGAUCUCCGGGAAUAUAACGUCCCCGUGUUAGCGUCACAUGUUCUUGAAUCAGAAUCAAUGCCUUCUUCUUCCUCUUACUUUCUAUGUAAUUCAGAUUCUCUUUAUUACGAUGAUUUCAUCCCGGCGAUAGAACCGGAGGAGACUCUUCAGGCGGAUCAAAUAUAUUUCGUUCUCCCUUUCUCUAAACGCCACUACCGUCUCACGGCUUCGGACAUGGCGGCUCUCGCGGUGAAAGCCAGCGUCGCGAUGGAGAAAGCGGCGAGAAAUAAAAAUCUCCGUCGUAAGAGCGGAAGGAUAUCUCCGAUGAUGACGGUGAAUCAGCCUAAUGAUCGGGUCGUCACCGGUAAUAGAAGUGCAAGCGAGACGUUGUUGCAAAAACGAACGCUACCGAAUAAAACGACGCAGUUUAAGACUAUUAAUACAACCGGUUAUUCCCGGUCCGGUUCGAAAUUGAAGAGACAUGUGUCUGGAAGAGCGUAUAACCUUGCGGCUCGAUCGAUGAGAAUACUUUCAACAAUCCAUGAAGAAACAUUGUUUUAGAUUUCUAUGAAUACAUUUUUUAAUUUCUUUUGUUGUUGUUACGGAUAUUAUAAUUGUUAAUGUUCCAAAUGAAAAAAGAAAAAAAAAUUACUCUCUGUAUAUUAGUGUCUUCAUGUGUUCCCGUUGUGCUAUUUCAUGUAUACUAUAUAUGCAUUAGCUUAUAAGCAGUGCUGGCCCUUGACAGAAGCUGAAGAAACCGAAGAAGCGAAUGCUUGAGGCCGUGAAUUUUAACAUUAAAUUUCGGCCAGUUUUUACGAAAGGUUUGUGUAGUCUAGUGAUAGGUUUAGAGUAUCUACACAUCCGAUGGAGCGUGGUUCGAAACGUAGUGUCUACAACUCUUCUUUUUAUCUUUUUUUUUCCUUUUAAAAAUGGUCACCUUUUUUUUUCUAGCCUUUAGAAUUUUAGGACCGACUCUGCUGAUAAGCUAUUAGUCAUCUAUGUAUCGAUGAAGAUGGAAUAGCAUAUAUACCAUUUGAGUUAUAUAUACCGUUUGAGUUAGUUGAAUUUUAUUGUUCGUAUCAUCAAACAAAGUAUAUAUUUUUGAUGGAAAAACUAGUUAUGUUUGAUGAUAAAUUCGAAUCCAAGAAAUUAACAUUUCGUUAUCACUAGAAACAUGAGACCAACACAUCUAGAUGGAUAUCAGGAUAUCCUGUAUAAUUCAACAAAAAACUAUUUUUUGCUAGCCAAAUUUCUAUAAAUAA